CUGACAUCCAUUACAAGAGAAACUGCUUGAUUAUGUGCUGGACCGAAAUCGCCCUGGCAGUGAAAUAAUUUUGAAGGAGGGGCAAGUGUGCCUUAUUCGAGAAGAAUUUUGGAGCCUUGGAUUGUUGAGGGACAUGGACUUCCAUAUUGGAAACGCCUGCAUGAAGCUUAUUUGUAAAAUGGCUCGACAAAUUGGCAAGGACAUAUACAUUGAGGACUUUUAUGUUUUCCCUGUGUGGAAGGAAACUCCUAACAACAUUGUUACUGGAUUACCGGAAGAUGCAGACUUGAAAAACCUGUUAGCCUUUCCAGCAUGGACAAAUGCCAAUGGACCAGACCACUUUGUUGUCUGUGAAAAUUGCUUACCAAGUGGAUCAUGGGACAUGGUCUGAAAAGACUGGAUAUGAUUUUCCAGCUUUGCCACGUCAGACAAGAGGGAAUGAUUGUGGUGUUUUUGUACUCAUGUACACCCUCUCAAUGGUGUGUGGCAUUGGGUUUCAAUUCCAGGAGAUGGAUAUACCUAUCAUCCGUCAGUGGUGGUGCCUUCUACUCAUGGAACAAUUUCAAACUGAUGGGAUAUACUCGGUGGGAAAAGGUCAAAUUGGUUUCCACUAAACCCCGUUCUCAAGUGCCUGUCUUCAUUGAGAAUGAGCAGUCCCAGUCAAUCAUUUAUGACUACAUCAGAGGAAUUCUUAAUAAAACCAAAACACAGCUGACCUUCAAUGAUGAGGUGGAGUUCAUUUGUGGAUGUCUCCUCCCAGAGGCCAUAACUCAUGGCAUUUCCGAGUUACAAGGCUUGUCUUGGCAGGAGGCUGAAGAUGUCUUCCUCCAGGGCCCCAUUUAUCACGCAAGUGAAGUUGAGGAAUUUAACAGAAGAAUUGCUCGAGAAAUGAAAAAUCUCCCCAACAAGAAUCUCGAUGACUUGUAGGACCUCAUGAAAAUUUAUAAAAAAAUAAAGUUUGGUGUGAGAAAAUUACUCAGAGUACUAUCAUUUAUUCUGUGAAUAAUAAGAUAAUGUUCAUUCCCUCAACUCAAUACUAAAGAGUUUGAUAAAUCCUUAAUGAUUUAAAAACAAAAAACAAAAACAAUAAAU